GAGGUUUACAUAAACAUUUUUGUUAUCGUGGUAUUGAAAAAGUGAUUCUCGUCGCUUAUGAAAACCAUCUUAAAAUUGCCAAAUUUAGACAUCAAAACGAACUUUCUAAUAAGGAGUGUCCUUGAGAUCUUAAAAUUGGCAUUGACAUCAAUUUUAAGCAUGUUUAAUUGAUGAAACUGCUACUGUUGUUAAAUAUCAAAACACUCACUGCAGUUACCAACCAAACGGAGAUUUUAGAAGAUAUUUGUUCGUAUAGUUUAUAACACGGAAAAGAUGAAAACAUUAGUAAAUUCUAUUCUGCGAAAAACGUUGACACCUACGAAGAGAUGUAUAUAAAAAAUAGCGUGGUUACUUGCAAUGUGUAUGACGACAUAUCAACGACGAGUUUAUGGAAACAAUCGGUUGCCUGACACGGAUAUAAAAGCGGACCGUGACGCAAUAACGGAGAGCGUUUAAGUCUGUUCGAUGUGUUACACGAUUUUGGAGGUUAGUGGUAUUGUUUACAUCUCGUUAACCGCGGGUAAAAUUAAUUGUGUCGGCACUUUUUUCACUUAAUGUUGCAAAAAAAAAACUAAACGUAAGUGGAAUAAAGUGUACUUGAAACUUAACACUCACGCAAACGUUUAGAUUAAGAUUAAAAUUAGCAUCUUAACAGAUGAAUGAACACUUGAACUCUAGUCUACACUAAACAGUCAUAAAUUUUAAUAGAACUGAUAAACCUUCCUCUCCAUUCCAGUCUUAUAUCAGGCACCUGAAACAUUUCCGAUUUUUGUCAUAACUAUCAGGCAUUCGACCGUGAAACCAAAUGUGAAAGAAGGACUAUUUAUUAUGUAAUUACGGACGUGAUUUUUUAGUAAUUUUAGGAUGUCCGGGAUCGUAUCCACGAGCCAAAAAUACAACUUGAGUAAAAAACUCGCAAUCCGUGAUUGUAAAAAUAAUGGUUGUAUCACUCGACUGGUUUAGGAAUGAAUACUUGUAAGUAGCAUCAUCGCAUCACUAAUUUUUUGUACAAUGCCUUUUUUGAAAUGUUAAAAUUAAAUUAAGGUUUUCUACCGUGCCCAAAUAAAUCAUUUCUCCGUAUAGUGUCACUUUAAGUAAAUAAAUACAAUACCAUCUAAUAUAUAUGGAAAGGUGUAUGCUGACAUUGAUAGAAACUAGAGGUAUUUUGGAACUUGUACAUAAACAGUAUUGGAUUAAUUAGUUCUGCAUGAAGUUGCUAUGAUGAAGGAUGUAUAUAAAACUGACGCUUGCGUGGUUUAAGAGGAUUACACCAGACUCACCAACCGCAGAAAUGACGGUGAUAUUUUGACUAAUCAAAAUUGUCUUCCGUGGUAGGCUAAAGUUUUACACACUUUUAGAAUUUAAAUCUUAAUGCCAUCGGACCACAGAAUUCCGCGCUUGAGGGAAGCGGGUUUUCGGUACAUAAAAUCACCCUAAACUGUUUUAUUUUAUCUAACAAUGUUAUUACGCAAAUAUAAUUAAAAAUAAUUGCUUUCGUUGCUUCAAAUACUUUCAAUAAACUUUUUUGAUUGUCAUAGUAUCGCACGUAGGGAAAUAAUUCAAUUAGCUGCGGACCGAAGAUAUUUUGGUAAGCUGUAGAUUUCCAUCAAUACAUCCGGUAUAAUCAUAGAUUAUAUAAAAAUUCUGUAGAGAGUGUCUUUGUCUUCGAAGAUUUCAUUAACCACGAUUGAUGUGAAUAUAAAUAGGCCACAAUGCUGCAUUCACGAGUUUGCGGUUUUAGCGUUGAACUACGAAAUUAAUAGAACAACCGGAACACGGAUUCUUAGUACUAGACGGAAGAUGUGAUUUUUAGCGACACAUACUUUGUUACGUAUUUUUAGAAACUGAGCGUUAAAAAUAGACAGCGUAUUCAUUUGACGUCAGGUGCGUAGAGAUGUCGACGCUCCCUGAUUCCGUGGCUUUGUGGUUUUUACAUUUCAACAGCGCGGGGGCGAACGGAACAAAUCAUAGCCUACGUUUUUCAUGCUUGGAUGUCCACCUAAAAUAUAAACGAGAGGAUGAUACAGCGCCUGUUCGUCUGCUCUUUUCCAGUGAAACGAAGCGCAAAGAAGAAAAUAGCCGAAAAUCAUGAUGAUGGGUUGUAUUGAAAAAGAAAACAUACUCUUUGAUAAAAGUUUCUUGUCUGUUUUGAAUCAUUCAUCUACCUGCUAUUAUGUUGAAAUGAUGUUCGAAACAAGUUGAAUUUAUUUAAGUUGAUUAUUCAUGCGUUAAAAUUGUGCAAUAUCGACAACUUGUUUUUCAAAUUUGAGCGCUCAAACGAUCUCGUCUGAGCGCACAUCAAUACCGCAAAACUCUCCACGGUUGGUUUCGUGUAUCCUUCCUCUUAAGACGUUGUUCAGAACAACGGAAUAUGUAAACACGUAUUAACGGGGUAAGGUUAUGGGCGGCUGGCUUUUAUCAUUUCCUGUGUUACGCCAUUCGAUAGAGAAGAAGGCUUUAACGCAUGGCGGCUGGGUAGUGACCCCCCCUUUAUAAACUUGGCAUGAUAUAUUUUGAUGAACCCGUCCAUGCCUGAUUUUUUUUACUACAUUAGUUUUCGAUUAAAUCAUAAUUGCGAGGCACAAUAUAGUAUAACACAAGAGGUAUAUUUAUAAUGAGGUUUUUAUUACAAAAGGACCGUUGGGAUCAUGAGUUCUAUCGAGAAAGUUUUGACAACGCUUCACAAAACUCUACACAAUAAUAUUAUUGGAACAGAGCAAACGCACUGUCUAUUGAGGGGUGGGUGAUGCAUCCGUAAUUUUGCCGUGAGCUGCGUUGAAAUAAUUACUUGUUUACCAGCUUCAGAUCGGAAACUUGUGAAAAAAAUAUUCGUGAUCAUGCUAAUAUGUUCAUGUUAAUAUUAACAUAUUUACCAAGAAACAUGUUCGCAAAAAUUGUUUUAAAUUUGGGCAGCGAGGUAGUUUGUAGAUAUAGAAAGUACCAUAUUGUUAUCAAUUUUCGCAUUACUUGCCAAGGGUAGCCAAUUCAGAUUUUUCAGAAGAAAGGCAGUUACGAUAUGAUAUGGUAUGGUUUUCCAGACAUCGAUAUUGAAUGUUUGGAAAGGUCAAUAGCGUAUUCAUAAUCCGCCUUUAUUGUUCGUCUUCGGGGCCGCUAUAAUUUUGUAUUGUAAGUAUUGAACGGGCGAAGCCAUCCAAUAUGAGAACGUGAAAAAUAGCUUAUAUCUAUAUAUGUAUAUCUGUGUAUGUGUGUAAUAUUUUAACAAUAGAUCGAGAAUUAUCACUAUUAUUAUAUAUUGUAUACGUAGAUACGUAGAGUAACGUAUAAUAUUCUGGCUAUGAGUUUUAGCGAUGCGGGGAAGAAAGAACCGUUUUAGAAUUUUGGGGCCAAAAAUGAUUGUAGAUAAUUGGCAAUAAAUUGUAAUUUUCAACGAGAUUUUCUAUCGGGAUUUCUGCAACUUGAGCGCUGGUUUUGUUUAAUGAAAUUGGAAGUAAACAAAUAUAUUAAUUCCAUUUGAAUCGAAAUAAUACCAUUAUACAUUUAUUAAUUUUAGACGACGGUAUUGCUUUUAAGCAAACCUAUAAAGUAAAAUAAAAAAAACUGUACGACGCCAUUUUACUCACAACUUGCUUGCGGAGGAAACAUACAAUAAAGUUAUAUAUAGUUGAACAAAGAAGAACAGUUUUUUUCUACAUAUUUGAAAAGAAUCAACUCUAACGACGAGCGACAUCAGUAUUAGUUGUCGCUAUUCAACAUAUUUCCUUAUUCUCAAGAAACUUCUCGAAAUCCGAUGAAAUUACCAUCCUGUACAUUGCAUUGACAACGACCACUCUUAUCAAUUAUUUUUACUCUUCAAGUUUUACGCCAUUUUUAUUUUACAAGAUUGAACAAGCAUCAAAGGAAACUAAGUGUUUACUACGCUUCAGAAGAAAUAGCGAAUAUUGAUUUUAUUUGAACAGUCUGUAGAUAAUCGGUGAAACUUGCAACAAGAUUCAUCGUUUAAUGACAACUGAAGAAAUCGCCAUAUAGACUGCAAUCAACUAUCAUUCAGCUGGUCUCCAAGAAAGGAGCUUACAACUCAUGGCAGCAGCAGCGACCCUCAACUACCACCACCCCGUAUCCGUUAAUUUCCUAUCUUCGACAAACAUCGAACCAUCAUUUUUUCAAACUGACCUUGAGACCUAUCAGGUACCACUAGCGGCCACCAGGCCGGGCCAAAUGCCAUCUAUUUCACCGGAGCUACUGACGAACGAUUCUUCUAUAAACAGCGAAUACGCCGAAUUGGAGGUUGGAAUGGCAAAGUACAUCAACGAGAGCAUUGACACAACGCUGAUGACGACCCUGGACACAAUGACUCCGCCAAUCUAUACGUCAGGCCUCAUGGAAAUGCCACCACCGUCUGUUACCCACUAUCCGAGCUACGAUGUACCGCCCACAUCUGCGCGAUCGCGCCCAACUUUCAAAUCAGACCCGGACUUGUUCCGACGAGAUAGCGCAUCGAGAGUGAACGAAAUAUUGUCAGAAGCUGACAUUAAUUGCGGAGUUGAAUCUCUUGGGCAACCUAGCACAGGAUUGGGAACAAUGACGCAAACACCAUUUGUAAAUGUGAACUUCAAUGUCGUCGUUCAACAGCAAAAUACUAAUAACAACAACAAUUACAUCAAUAUCCAGAACAACAGCUCACAUGUGAACCAAAAAACUGAAAAUGGAAACCACCUUAAUCAAUGUAAUAUGGGAUCUCCGCAUCAUAACGGAAUAAUUGCCUCGCCCGCACAAAGUAUCUCCCCCCACAACACGAUGAGCGGUUCGUCACCACAUCAUCACAUGCAUAGUCCAUCAGCCAUGCCAUCAGCUUCCCCUCCACACACAGACUCUAGCCAAGCACUUUCGCCUAAUAUCCCUCCCGUAUCGACAUUUAUAAAAGCGUCCGAUGACAUGCUUCAUCCUUCUUCGCCCGUUGAUUCAAUCGGAUCAACAUCUCCUUUUCACAUCCAGUCUAAAACUACCGGCAACUGCUAUGUCAACUCAAACGGAUGCUGUUCUAGGUCACGCCAGUGUUCUGAGUCUGAUUCCUAUGCAUCUUUCGAGCAACAUUCUCAAAGUAAUAAUUCCGUCGUUCCUAAUACAACGAUGCAACCUGUUACCAAUUCAGGGUUUACGGAUAUAUACACGUCACCAAUUUCUAGGUCACGUUCAACAAGUUUAACAAGCAACAGCGAAAACUAUAUAUCUAACUCGUCUAAUUCAUUCAUUCCAACGUCAACGUAUCCGAGUUUGUCUUCAACUGAUUGCCAAUUUCAGAACAAUUACCAGCAAACUUGUGUCAAAUCGGACCCCGAUUUGCGAAUAUGCAAUAGUAGAAUGAUGAGCCCUGAAGCAGUAUUGCGUUCGUCAAGGCACGAAGACAACUUAAAUUAUAACAGAAGAUGUAGUUUAGAUUCUCGAUUAACGACUUUCCAUGGCGAAUGUGGAGAACGAGCAAACAACCUUUUCAAUAUUACUAACACACCGGGACACUUUCAAAAUGGCAUGGUUUUGAAACAAGAACCUUUGGCCGAUUGUGGUCAAAAAGGCUUUGGCGUUGCUGAUGAAUAUAUGCCUAUGUCGGUUCAGGAAGAGAAUUGCAACGUGCAUCCCUACUUUCCCCCACCACAGGUGAAUUUUCAACCAAUUGUGGAUGGCAAUUCUGCAAUUCCACUUGCCCACCCUUACCCCCAUCAUAUUGCAAGUGAUAGUAGACAUCAUCACCAUCACAUCAUUGCAAACAGCUUAGCCAUGUCUCACGGAUCAUUCCACCCCGCGCGACACAGCGGAGAGCAUAGGCCGCCACCUCCUUACCCACUGGCGAUGAAUGGUACAAUUCCAUACAGACCCCGUUACAGCCGCAGAAACAACCCAGAUCUUGAAAAGAAAAGAGUGCACAAGUGCAGAUAUCCGGAUUGUACAAAAGCUUACACAAAGAGUUCACAUUUGAAAGCACACCAAAGGACUCAUACAGGAGAAAAGCCAUAUAGUUGCAGCUGGCUCGGAUGUGAUUGGAGGUUCGCCAGAUCGGACGAAUUGACCCGUCAUAUGCGCAAACACACCGGAGCAAAACCUUUUAAAUGCAUGGUAUGUGGAAGAUGCUUUUCACGUUCGGACCAUCUUGCACUACAUAUGAAAAGACAUCAAACCUAGGACUUGUGACAGUAAAAUCAGGAGGACAAAAUGACAAUGGUCCGAGAUAGCUAUGAGCAAACUCUUUCGCCCUUUAUUUUCCCUUUUUUUAACUGAGCAUUCAGUAUCAAAAAGUACUCAUGAUGUCAAUAUUCGUGACUGAAGUAAUACAAAAGCCAUUCGACUAUCUGUGUUUGUACAGGCUAUGCACCUUUUCAAUGCCAUAGAAACGAGGACCAAAUUACUAUGCUGCUCUCGCAUAUUUACAACGUAUUAUUGCACAAGAACAAAUACUGAUAGAAUGGACAAUGUGAAGGCAAUCCUAAAUUAAAUAAAAAGGAUUCGCUUGUGGUGGAUUUGGUGGUUUAUUUGCUUAUAUAAGUUUGUAGAAAUGUCUUGUUGCAACUCAAGAUAUUUUCCAAAAUAAAGAAAAUUUUAUCGUUUCGCUUUUACUAUUGUCGUGAUUUGACUGGCAUUUGAAACAAUCAUGAAUUUGCUAUUAAAUAUAAUAUUUUUAUUUUAAUUGACAAGAGAUCUCUAAUAAAUCUCGCUCAUGUGCUAUAAUUUAUACGCAAUCAAUAAUCCUUGCAUGUACUAACACCACUGUAAAUAUUCUUUUUUGUUUUUCUUCCACAAAUCAACUUCCUUCUAUUCUGACAACAUGUCAGAACAUCACAGAAGGUAAAACUAAUUCUACUAAUCUGCAUUUAAUUAUUUAUCGCUUGUUUCGACGCUCGCUUACUUCUUUCAUUGUAAUUUCUUGCUUUGUAGCAAGAAUAUUAAGUAUUUUAUAUUUUUAUUGCUAAUAUAUUCGUAUAUAUAUUGAAAGUUCUAUAUUUUUGACGCGAACAACGUUAUAUUUGUAUAUCUAUACAAAAAUGCGUAAAAAUUGUAAACUUUUUUCUUCAAUAUUAACAAAUCCAAGUUCCGCCAUUGCAGUAACGAGAAGUUUCGCUAUAGCGAUAUCUGAUCGUCUUGGCUUCGUUUUAACAGUUUAUUUAUUAGUUGAAAGCUACUACUUUAGUUUAUCAGUAAGCAACAAAGCGUUUGACCUUUUCAUUGGUUUAUUAACUAACUGAAAAUAUCGUUUUUAACUAUGAGUUUUGUAGUGCAACCAGUGCCUUGUAUUAUUAUUUUACUGUAUUUAAAUUUAAGAGUGGUCUACACCUACACUUAUAUAUUUUCAAGAAAUGUAAACGCCCGCCUAAUGUGUAACAUUUUUUCUCAUUAAAAUGGCGUGCAAAUUUAAUAAAAUCUUGGUAAA